AUGGAUACCAAGACCCCCGUUACUCUAGCCAAGGUUAUCAAAGUUUUAGGCCGUACCGGUUCCCGUGGUGGUGUCACCCAGGUCCGUGUCGAAUUCUUGGAAGACACUUCCAGAACCAUUGUCAGAAACGUCAAGGGUCCAGUCAGAGAGAACGACAUCUUGGUUCUAAUGGAAUCCGAGCGUGAAGCCCGUCGUUUGCGUUAA